AUGAGUAGUGUUUCAGAGAUUUUGCCCCUAGAGGUCAUUGACAAAACAAUAGGACAGGAAGUGACCAUUCUACUUAAAGAUUACAGAGAAUUCUUUGGUACGCUAGUAGGGUUCGAUGAUUACGUUAAUGUUGUCAUUGAAAAUGCGGUAGAGUAUUUGGAAGACCAGGAGAUUAAAAGAUUCCAGGGAAAGAUGUUAUUGACUGGUAACAACAUUGCUAUGUUGAUACCUGGUGGAAAACCUGCUUCAAAUUAA